UCGGGUCGCCGCGGGGUCGUCCUCGGCAGAAGCGCAUUGAGCUUUCGACGGUAUCGGACACAGUUGGACGCAGCUCAACGGGGAGAUUGGAACCAAAGUUACUCAUGUUUGUGAGCUCCAGCACCACCGCCGUGGCCCCCCCACGCGAGUGUCAAUAACUCUCACGCCGUGUGAAUGAUGUGAAUGAAGAAAUUAGGAGCCGGAGUCGCUAAUCUUCGCUUCAAGCAGGCACAAUCAGAGCUAAUCGGGACAGGCGGAACUCCAAGCCAAAGUUUAGUCUCCAGUAGCCGCCAGUGUGUUGCCAGUGUCGCUGCCGACAUCAGCGAACUGUUGUCUUGACAGCCUAAAAACGAAACGGUACAAACCAACGCCUGACCAGAGGUUGGGAGACCAGACCAUGAGGGAGACGGUGCAGGCGGCGUUGGGCAGUAGCAGCAGCAGCAGCAGCAGCAGCCGACGGUUGCGACUGCAGUAGAGCCGCUUCUGCAUGCAGUGCGAGCAUGUGCAUCAUUUGUAGCGCCAUCUCUGUCUCACCAUCUGAGCACCUGAGUCAGAGUCUGAGUCGAAGACGGAGUCCCGCAGUCGCCCGCGUCUGAGUGGCUUCAGCAGCAGCAGCAGCAGCAGCAGCAGGCAGGCAGGCAGGGUGGCGCAGUUGGGAAAAUGAGUGCGUGCGAGGCGACAGCCGGCGAGGAUGCGGGCGGUCACAGUAGUCGCAGUCGCAGUCGCAGCGAGCUGGACACGGAUACGCAGGAGAAGCAGGAGGAGCAGCCAAAACAGCAGCAGUCGAAUGGCGAGCAGUCGCAGUCCCAGUCCCACAACAGCAUCAUCCAGCAGGAGGAGCAGUCGAACGAAUCCAAGCCAAAGCCCACCUCCAAGCCACACCAAGAGGCGCCACUGCUGGAGGGAUGCAGCAGUGGCAUGGCCGCACCCUCCAUAGAUGCCCUGGUGGCCUGCAAGGAUGUGCUGCUCGCCCAGAAACUCUUUGCGAGUGGCGGCAGCAAUGUGCCCGGACCCGCACCAGGAUCGAUAACGGGCUCGGGACCGGUACCCGGACCAGCACCGAGCUCUGGAUCGUCUCCCAGCUCCAGUUCCAGUCCCAAUACCAAGGAGCUGCUCAAGCUCAAGGAGCCAAUGCGUGUGGGCUUCUAUGACAUCGAGCGGACCAUUGGCAAGGGCAACUUUGCCGUGGUGAAGCUGGCCCGUCAUCGAAUCACCAAGAACGAGGUGGCCAUCAAGAUCAUUGACAAGUCGCAGCUGGAUCAGAUCAAUCUGCAAAAGGUCUACCGCGAGGUGGAGAUUAUGAAGCGUCUGAAGCAUCCGCAUAUCAUCAAGCUGUAUCAGGUCAUGGAAACCAAGAACAUGAUCUACAUAGUGUCAGAGUAUGCCAGCCAGGGCGAGAUCUUUGAUUACAUUGCCAAAUAUGGCAGAAUGUCCGAGUCAGCGGCACGCUUCAAGUUCUGGCAAAUCAUCUCAGCGGUCGAGUACUGCCACAAGAAGGGCAUCGUCCACAGGGAUUUGAAGGCCGAGAAUCUGCUGCUCGAUUGCAGCAUGAGCAUCAAGAUUGCGGACUUUGGCUUCUCGAAUCACUUCAAGCCCGGCGAGCUGCUGGCCACCUGGUGCGGCUCACCGCCCUAUGCCGCCCCAGAGGUGUUCGAGGGUAAGCAGUACACGGGACCCGAGAUAGACAUUUGGAGCUUGGGCGUUGUGCUUUAUGUGCUCGUUUGUGGAGCUCUUCCUUUUGAUGGCUCCACGCUGCAGAGCCUGCGGGAUCGUGUGCUCUCGGGCCGCUUUCGCAUUCCCUUCUUCAUGAGCUCCGAGUGCGAACAUCUCAUCCGUCGCAUGCUGGUGCUGGAGCCAACGCGCCGGUACACCAUCGAACAGAUCAAGCAUCAUCGCUGGAUGUGCCCGGAGCUGCUGGAGCAUGCCCUGAUUGCCAAGUACAACCUGAAUGUGGAUCGCCAGACGGUGCUGGAGCCCAGCGAGGAUAUACUCCGCAUCAUGGCCGAGUAUGUGGGCAUCGGGCCGGACAAGACGCGUGCCAGCCUCAAGAAGAACACCUACGACCAUGUGGCGGCCAUCUAUUUGCUGCUGCAGGAUCGCGUCAGUCACAAGAAGGAGCAGGCCCGGCCCACCGAGGGUGCCUUGCCAGUGCCACCACCGGCACCAGCUGGCUGUGGUGCCGUUUCCGUGUCCAGCACCAGCAGCAGCACCUCCAGCCGUUUGCUCUACAAGAGCAGCAAGCAAUCGCUCAGCCUGGAGCAGCAUCAACAGCAGCAGCAGCAGCAGCAGCAGCUUCUACUCCUGCAACAGCAGCAGCAGCAGCAGCAACAAUCAAAGACAAUAUCCACCACUACGACGAUCCUGGGCAAGGAUCAGCCACAGAAAAGACUUAGCCGCCAUCAGACUGUGCUCAUGAGCGAGCGACCAUUGCCCACUGGGGAUCCCGGCUACUACUCAAAGCAGAUGCAGCUGCAGCUGCACAAUCACAAUCACAAUCUGCCCACCCACGUUCCUGGCGCCUAUCUCAAUGGCGGCGAGGAUGCACCCUCCUGCGGCAUACCUGUGCUGCCUGUGCGCUACACGCCUCUGCCCUCUGCCACUAAUAUUUCCUCCUCCACGGCCGUCUCGCGCAUGGGACGGCACAGCCUCACCUCCAGUUCGCCGAGAAGUCAUCGGCCAUUGGCCAUUUCGCUGAGCAUCGACAACCACAAUCACAAUCCCUCACUGGCCAAUCUACGCUGCCGUGAGCUCAUGGAGCCCGGACAGCCCAGUCCAGCGGUGGCUUCUGUGGCGGGUCCAUUGGUAUCCAAGCAGCUGCAGCAGACCAUCAGCGAGUACAUCAUCAAACAGAGCACCGAGGACUGCCGCCAGCUGCUGCAACAGUCCACGGCCAUUGCUGAGGGCAAGGAGGAGCUGGUCAGACAGGAGACGACAGUCGGUGGCUGCAAGGCGAGUGGCUCCACAUCCUCCUCUGCCACGGCCUUAGCCACGGGCAGUGCACACGCCGAGGAUCAAAAUCAGAAUCAAAAUCAACAUCACAGCCAAAAGACAAUAAAGGUCAUGUCGAGUUCAAGUAGCUUCGACUCCACCGCCAAUCUCAAUCAGAGCUUUCGCUACAAGAUGUCCGCCGAGGCCAACAAACUAUUCCAAACGCUGCAAGAGAGUCCGCUGCCCGUGGAGAAGCCCAAGCGGCGUGGCGUGGCCAGCACAAAUGGCAAUGGCCAUGAGGCGGGGCAGGAGCUGAACGGCGACAGGCGCAGCGACAAGAAAACCUUUGAGAAAAAGGUCCUAGCCCAGGGCAGCUCCAGCACGGACGAGGGCUGUGAGACGGAUCAGGGCAACGAGGCGCCCACUCCGGGUGGUGCCAAGGAAGGCUCACAGUCGAGCAGCGACCUCACCACCACGGCACACAGCGGCAGCGGCAAUGGCAAUGGCAAUGGCAAUGGCAACGGCCACGGCCACAGUCAGACCACCAGGAUGCGUUCCUAUGCGAGCAGCAGCAGCUCCAGCGGAGUGCUCGCCUCUGGCAGCUACUCGAAGAGUCUCAGCCAGAACCUGAGUCGCGGCUCCUCGAAGAGCAACUGCAGCGCUGGGGCCUACGAUAGCUUGGACUUUGUGCUGCCCUCCGGCAGCCUGCCCUCGUGCAUGGGCUCGAGCUCCAUGCUGGCCGUCGCUGUCGCCGCCGGGGCAGCCGCCUCCAGUGAGCACUCCUCGGAGCGAUCCCUCUACAGCAGCCACAACUCGUGCAUCCACAUGCCCAGUGCCGUCAAUUUGAGUUUGACCGCCAGCUCCACACCGAAUCCCACACCGCCGCCACCGCCAGCGGGUGCGGGUGCGGGUGGUGGUCCCUUUCAGGACAAACGUUCGCCCAUUCACUUUCGGGAGGGGCGACGGGCGAGCGAUGGACUGGUGGCCCAAGGACUGCUCAGCUCCGGGGGUGGCUCGCUGUUGGGCAGCAGCCGCGUCUACGGCAGCUACCGCUACGACCAGGUGAAGCGGCAUGGCUGGCUGGAGAUACAACAGCUGCAGCAGGAGGCAGCCACACAUCCCCAUUCACAUUCGCAUUCGCAUUCGCAUCAUCACCCGCUACCGCAUCCACAUUCGGCGCCACCCUAUGGACUGGAUGAGCUCAGCCUGGGCAACUGUCAAUUCCCGAAUGGUCAAUUUUAUGCGCUGCCUGGAGGCAAGCCGACGUCGCACCAUCAUCACCCACUGCUGACACUGCCGCACCACCACCACCAUCAGCAGCAGCAGCACCAGCACCAGCAGCAGCACCACCACCACCAUCAUCCUGGUCAUGGGCUAUUCCAUCCGGGAUCUCCGGGUGGUCCUGUGCCAGUGCCGCUGCUCCUGGAGUCGGCUGGUGGUGAUAUUUACAGUCAUGCCUGCUAUGCCCCACCACCGCCACCGCCGGGCCUCUACUCGCAUCAGCACCAGCUGACGGGCAUGGCGGUGCCCAUGUCGCCCAUGCAGAAGCCACCGCUGCAGCAGCAACUGCUGCAGCAUCGUCUGCUCCAGCAGAAGCGACAGCUCUUCCAGAAGCAGUAUGCUCUGGAGGCACAGCUAGCUGGACGCCACCAUCACCAGCAGCAGCAGCAGGCGCAGCAGCACCACCAACAGCAUCAGCACCACCAGACUGCGCACUUCAAUCACGGCCACGGCCACGGCCAUGGCCACGGUCAUAGCCUGAAUCACGGACUGAACCUUGGACUCGGACUUGGUCAUGUGUCGCCAGCUCCGAUGCCGGAGCAGCACCUCACCGAGGAGCUGUACGAGCUGGCCAUGCUGGAUCGCCCCAGGAGUGGCACUCCACGACUGCAGCACUCGCUGACGAUGCCCGGAGCGCAUGCCUUCAGCCAGAUGAACCUCAAGACCUCCUACAUCAGCCAGCCGCCCGGCCAAUCGUCUGAGUCGUCAUCGUCGUCUGGCCCAGGCUCGGGCUCGUGCUCGGGGCCAGGCUCAAUGACGGCCACGGGCUCUGGUUCGGGUUCAGCGCCGCCGUCCACAGCGCCGGGCACACCUACGUCGGUCAAGUGCAAACCAUCAACGCCACACGGGCACAGCCACGAGGCAGACUAUCAUACAUCGACGCCAGUGCUCAGCUUGUUCACGCCCAACUGGCAAACGCUGGUCAAACCUCUCAGCGAGAGUCCCAUUUUGGAGAUCUCCGAGCAUAUGGAAUCAGUCUGAAUGGAAGCGAAAUGAUGUAGGAUGUGGA